AAGGUGGUGUUGUCGCGAUGUACAACACUACUUGGUGGUUGAUCGUGCCCUUGAUCUUCGCUGUCGUGGGGAUUCAUAGUUCGCAACGGGACGACGACGGUGCGGAAUUGUUGGUUCCGGAACUGAUCGUCAAGUACGGGUACAAGGUCGAAGAUCACAACGUGAUCACCGAGGAUGGCUACGUUCUUAAAGUGUUUCAAAUGCCUCCGAGACAACGAUCGUGCGUUAAAAAGAAACCAGUGCUUUUGGUCCACGGCCUACUGUCCAGUUCAGCCGAUUAUGUGUUUGCUGGUCCAAACAGUAGCCUGGCGUAUCAGUUGUCCGACAACGGUUACGACGUCUGGCUGGCAAAUAUGCGCGGAUCACGGUACUCCAGAGAACACCUGAGGCUUCCGGUUCAGUCCAAAGAGUACUGGGACUUUUCCUGGCAUGAGAUGGGAGUGUACGAUCUACCGGCCAUAAUCGACCUCGUACUCAACGCUACUAACUUCAAGAAACUUUUAUACAUCGGCCACUCGCAAGGCGUCACCGAGUUUUUCGUUAUGGCUAAUAUUCGUCCAGAAUACAACAACAAAAUCGCCCUCAUGACGGGACUUUCUCCAGCGGUUGCCCAAACGCGCUUCAGGAGUCCAAUCUUAAGCUUCGCAUGUAAUUAUGCUCAUGCGAUCAAGAAAACACUCGAAUUUUACAAAAUCUACGAGUUCCUGCCGCAAAGUAAACUGUAUCGAUCUUUUUGCCAAACAAAAGGAUUAUAUGACCUAUGCCUUCAACUUUAUGGGUUGAUAUUCGGUCCGCACCCGGAAGAAACUGAUCGGACGUUGCUCCUAAGAUAUCUAGCAAACUUCCCCCAAGGAUCCUCGUUUAACCAGUUGUUACACUAUGCUCAGGUUGCGGCAAGUGGAGGACGCUUCCAGUGGUUCGACUACGGACGGAAAGGAAACCUGGAAAAGUACAGAAGUUCGGAACCUCCGGCGUACAAUCUGACUGCCGCAACCGCUCCGGUGCUAAUUUUUUACGGGUUGAACGAUUGGAUGGUUCAUCCAAAAGAUGCUCAGAAAUUUUCCACAAUGCUACCCAAUCUCAUCGCCGCGGUUCCCGUUGCCAACCGGAAGUUUAACCACAUGGACUUUGUGCUGGCGACUAAUGUCCGGAAGGUGCUCUACGAGAAAGUGCUGUUGAUGCUUGACAAGUACAACUAAGAAUACAGCAAGGAAU